GCGACUGGGCGCUGUGCCGGGGGGAAGGAGUGGUCGGUGCCGUGCACAGCAGGCGGAGCCCGCGCCGCGGAGAGGGGAGAAGAGGAGGGGUCCAAGUCAUCGCAACCCGCUGGACCUUGCUGCGGGGAGAGGAUCUCGAAUAGCAGGAUGGAAGAACUCUGAUGGAGAGACGGACAACGGGCCUUUUCAACAUGGAGACUGUUCCGGUUGAUGGGGACUUCGAGAGAAAUUUACAUCAUGGUGAUAACAGAGACUCUCAUGGACCAUCAACAGUGGUAACAAACAGCGAUGAGUCACAGCAUUUAACUCCAGGAAAAAUGAGCCAGCACCAGGGGAAAGAAGUUUAUUUUACUCCAACCAAAGAGUUGCACCAACCAUCUCUCAGCCCAGGAUCUGCCCAUGGUUAUGAAUGUGAGGUAAAAGGCUGUUACUGCAACACUCUUGUUCCAAGCAGCUAAUGCUAAACAGCUUUCACAGAGAACAUAAUCCUUACACAAACACCUUAACUCAUGAAGGAAGAGGGUCCAGUGCGACGUAGGUUUUCUUCAUGUGCUGGGAUUUCAUCUGUGUUUUCUGCAAGAGCUGAUGGCCGAAAGCUUGUCCGGAAUGCUUCAUUUGGAGGAUAUAACGAACUCUCUCCUGCUUUACCAGGUUUUGACAAAGGGAAGGAUGAUGUGUCACAAAGUAAAGAGGAUACAUCACAUUCUAUGUCAAAAAGCAAGUCUGAAUCCAAGCUUUUCAAUGGCUCCGAGAAGGACAUCUCUUUAUCUGCAAGCAAACUUACAAAAAAGGAAUCUCUCAAGGUUCAAAAGAAAAAUUACAGAGAAGAAAAGAAGAGAGCUACAAAAGAAUUACUUAGCACUAUCACAGACCCCUCAGUUAUUGUUAUGGCUGAUUGGUUGAAGAUUCGUGGUACCUUGAAAAGCUGGACCAAACUGUGGUGUGUACUGAAACCAGGAGUGUUGCUUGUUUACAAAACCCCCAAAAAUGGCCAGUGGGUGGGAACAGUGCUCCUGAACGCUUGUGAACUCAUUGAGAGGCCUUCUAAAAAAGAUGGCUUUUGUUUCAAACUUUUUCAUCCUUUGGAACAGUCCAUAUGGGCUAUAAAGGGUCCCAAAGGUGAAGCCGUUGGUUCUAUAACUCAGCCGUUGCCCAGCAGUUAUUUGAUCAUCCGAGCCGCUUCAGAAUCAGAUGGCAGGUGUUGGAUGGAUGCCUUGGAACUGGCACUGAAAUGUUCAAGUCUGCUUAAACGAACAAUGAUUAGAGAAGGUAAAGAGCACGAUUUGAACUCUUCAGCAGACAGUACUCAUGUCUCUCUCUAUGGUCUGCUUCGUGCUAACAACUUGCACAGUGGAGAAAACCUACCGUUGAAUGACAGUGAAAUUGAAAGGCAUCACUUUAAAGAUCACGAUAUGUACUCUGACAAAUCUGAUAAGGAAAAUGACCAUGACCACGAGGAAUCUGAUAAUGAUGGAUUGGGGAAAAGCGAAGAAAGCGAUAGCGACACAUCGGAGCGGCAGGAUGAUUCUUACAUUGAUCCAGAACCAAUUGAUAUCAAGGAAACUACUUACGUAGAACAGAGUCAUGAAGAACUUGGGGAGGCGGGGGAGGCUGCUCAGACAGAAGUAGUGUCAGAAGAAAACAAAAGUCUGAUCUGGACACUACUGAAGCAAGUCCGGCCAGGAAUGGACUUGUCCAAGGUUGUACUGCCUACGUUUAUCUUGGAACCCCGUUCUUUCCUGGACAAGCUGUCUGAUUACUACUACCAUGCAGACUUUUUGUCUGAAGCUGCUCUUGAAGAGAAUGCUUACAACCGCAUGAAAAAAGUAGUGAAGUGGUAUUUGUCAGGAUUCUACAAAAAGCCAAAGGGACUAAAAAAGCCGUACAAUCCUAUACUUGGUGAGACCUUCCGCUGCAUGUGGAUUCAUCCAAGGACAAAUAGCAAGACUUUUUACAUUGCAGAACAGGUGUCACAUCAUCCUCCAAUAUCUGCCUUCUAUGUUAGCAACCGCAAGGAUGGUUUUUGCCUUAGUGGUAGCAUUCUGGCCAAAUCAAAAUUCUAUGGGAAUUCAUUAUCUGCCAUACUAGAUGGAGAAGGACGGCUAACAUUCCUAAACAGGGGAGAAGAUUAUGUAAUGACAAUGCCAUAUGCUCACUGUAAAGGAAUUCUUUAUGGCACAAUGACCUUAGAGCUUGGGGGAACAGUCAACAUCACUUGUGAGAAAACUGGCUACAGUGCAACAAUUGAAUUCAAACUUAAGCCUUUUUUGGGUAACAAUGACAGUGUUAACCAAAUAUCAGGGAAAAUUAAGCUUGGCAAAGAAGUUCUGGCUAUUUUGGAGGGUCACUGGGACAGUGAAGUUACUAUUAGUGAGAAGAAGACAGAUGUCUCAGAGACAUUCUGGAACCCAACGUCUGAUAUCAAGCAGCGUAGAUUACCUAGGUACACAGUGAAGUUUGAAGAGCAAGAUGACUUUGAGUCAGAGAAGCUUUGGCAACAAGUGACAAGAGCAAUAAAUAAUAAAGACCAAACAGAAGCUACUCAAGAGAAAUAUGUUCUGGAAGAAGCUCAGAGAAAGAGUGCCAAAGAGAGGAAGCUUAAGGGUGAAGAGUGGACAUGCAAACUGUUUGAUCAGGAUUCAGUCACAGGCGAAUGGCACUACAAAUACGCAGAUACCAGACCAUGGGACCCUUUGAAUGAUAUGAUCCAAUUCGAAAAAGAUGGCACCAUCCAAACAAAAGUUCGACAUCGGACACCAAUGGUUAGUGUUCCAAAAGUCAAACGAAAGCCAGCUGGCCAGAAGAAAGGAGAGUGUGGUUUCUCAUCCCCAGAGCCUGAUAACCAGGAUUCCUCUGGGAGUGAAGCACAACUUCUGAAGCAUAACACAAGAAUAAGGAAAAAAGGGGCAGACCUUGGUGAACUGCAGAGUGCCAUUGAAUCUAUAAAGGAGACACAAGAAGAAAUUAAAAGGGACAUUAUGGCUCUGCGAAACAGAGUCACUUCUAAUGCACCACCUGUGGACUACCAUUUCUUGCAGUUUAAGCACUAUGUCUUCAUUUCAGUCGUGGUUCUGCUACAGCUUGCCAUUAAUUUCUUGUUCAAAUAAGAAGUGUGAACAAGGGCCUUUCUGAACUGGAAUGAUCAAACUGUUACUGGGGACCAUAUUUUAAGUCAGACUUUAAAUGAUGCAAUAUUGUCUAAAAGAGCCCUGUAGCAACAGCUUACAGAACUUUGCCUCAGCAUCCAUGGUUCAGAAUCAUAAUCCCAUCUACCCAGUUGAAGUAAGAAUUGUGUAAGUGCCAGUACACUCUUGCUCCUGGUGUGUGCCUCUGUCUCACAGACAUACGACAUCAGCCUUGUGUUUUCUAUUAUGUCAUGCGCUGUGUACUGAUGAAUCUUCACCACAGACUAGAUGAAGUUGAGAAUUCAGAGGUCAGACCCUGUAGGUAGGAUGCAAUUCCCGUUACGGUAGAAUGAUAAACAAGCAUACUUUGUUACAUUUAAACUUCCCAUUUUUGUAAAGAAGGAACUUUUGAAGUAGCCAACAGUUUUUGUAAAUGGCAUUGAGUGUUUGGAAGUAAACUUUUGUGUAAGGUCAAACAAAUACAUUAUUAUACAAAGAUAACGAACGUCAGGAACUAGCAGAAAGCUGAAGUCUUUGGGAAUUCUGCAGUGUAAUGUCCUUGAUUUGUUUUGGAAGUAUGAGUUUUUACUACAGUGGCUUGUAAGCCAGCUGUUUUAUUUUUAUAGUUUUAGAAUUUCUGAUUCUUCAUAAAGACAUUCCUGUAUCUACUGUACAGAGCACCUUUUUAACAGUGCAGCACCUGGGAAGGAACUGUCUUAGUCCACUCUCUCACAUGUUGUAAAUGUCAAGGAUUUUAUGGUAUGUUUGCAAGUCUUGAUAGAUCUGCAGCUUUGAAUUUACGUUUGUGUACAGCCUUCUCACAAUAAGCAGACAGACUGCUGAUUGCAGGACUUUCUUCUUCUAUUGGAAACAAAAUGUGAAGAUGCAGAGGUGUGCUUGGUGUCUAGCUUGACUUGAACCUCCCAAAAGGCAGACGACAUAGAACAGAAUUCAGGCACCAUCAUGAGUUCCCUUGCAAGUGAAAAUGUGCAUGUUUACAAGGGAAAGUCUUCAGAGGUUGUGGGAUGGCUGACUAUACACAUAUCAAAGCAAAUGAGAGUGAAACCCUAAGUCUUUGUUAAAUGCCUCCUUACUGCAGUACAUACUACCUAGCAGAACACACGGAUGCACCUAUUCAUUAUGCUGUAGCUAUACUUAUUAAUGUGAAGCUCAAGUUUCAAUUUAAAACCAGGGUUUCUAACAUUUUUGUUUGAAGAAAUAUAUGCAUGUAUAGAACUUGUAUAAUUCAAGCAAAAAGGUUAAGUGCCAGUGUUUAUCUGGCGAAUUCCUUAGGCCAGUGAAGCAUACCAAGUCAAAAAGGGGCUGUAAUAUUGUAGAGGUACUCUCAGUAACCCAGAUGAGGCAACAGGAGGACAGGUGGCAUAAUGCAAAGGGCAGCCAAGUUUGUUUUUAGAGGAUCUGCUCAGAAAUCAAAUCCAUCCCAGGCAGUGGAACAGUUCAGGGGCCACAUUUGGCUUUUUGCUAUGGCCUGGUUACCCCUAUUCUCUUGGGUAGCCUCCCUAACUCUCUGGUCUGCAUCAGUCUCACUAGUAUUUAGUACAGCUACUAUUUAGUUGUUUAUUCAUCUAGCUCGUACAUCGCUGUGGCUGAUACCUUCACACACCUCCCCUCUCUUUUACCUUUCGUUUGUUUAAGCAAGAAACCUAAGUUUUGUGCUUAAGCAGUCAACUUCAGCUUAUUUCUUACAGCUGCAUAUUAGCAUAAUUUGGUCUUGAGUAAUUUUCUGGCAUGUGGUACCUUAACGAGAGUGAUCUUGCAUAGGUGGGCAAGACCAAACUUAAUUGGACUUCUAUCUAUCUGCAUUAUAUCUACAGCUGAUGAGGUAAAAUUUGUGAAUAUACAAAGUCCCCAAGUUAAGUCUCUAAACAGAAACUGAAGUCAUUAGCCAUGUAUAAAAUGGCAUAAAGCAAGCAGAAUAUUACAGAAUAGAUGUUCUCAGCCUGGAAUUUGGCCAUUCAUUAUCACGUUCAGAUGUCAAAGCUCUACAUGUCUUAAGAUCCAUUGCAACAAGCCUUUAACCAUACUCUGUAUGAGAGUAAUACAGGAAGAAACAAAUGAGAAUCUGGGCAGUAACUUCAGUCCCCUAAAAUAACACUGCUAAAUUUGCAGUGCUGAAACUCUUGGCUAAUAGUUACAAGCUUUUACCUCCCUUGUAAAUAGAAAUAUCCUUCUGCCCUUUCAUGUCAAUUUUUUUAAUCACUUCUAUUCAAGAUCAGUUAAUAACACAGUCUGCAUGUAUUUUUACACAGACUGCAUGGUAGUAACUGGAUUUGCCUCAGCCAGCUGGCUGGCAGCAUGGUGCUGGACAAUGUCAGACUAAAUAGAUACUCUGUAUCUGAAGUUCAUAUUCAGUUCAAGAUUAAGUGACUUGAACAGAGUCAGAGAAAACACCUGUGCUUAUUUUCAGCUUAUUUUUUUAUUCUGUUGUAAAAGCUGUUUUAGUGAUGAUCCACAAAGGCAAAGGAUGUAUGAUGAAACUUCUGGAAAAGUAACACUGCAGCCUCUGCUUGGCUAUGUUAGAUAACUAGUAUUCUGGAAAGUACAUCAAAAUCGUAGGAAUUCCCGUUUUGCUGGGGUUUGUAUGAUGUUUCCCCAUGUGAAUAGAACAAAGAAAUCUCUUGCCUGAUUUUUACCAUACAGCUUUGUCACAGGCAUGUAUGAAGCCUUUUCCUCAGCACAUCACCAUUCUCCUGGUUAACCACAAUGUGUGGCCGAUCUUGACUAUUAUGUACUUGAGACUGAGCUCUGCACACAAUUACAAAAUUGGGUUGUACAGUUUGCAGAUGUGUGAGGGCUGUGACCUCCUCCUAGUUUUUAAAGUCUAAACCGGCCCGUUUCCACACUUGUUUGGGGGUUUCCUUGUACAGGAAAUACUUUCAGAACACCUUGCCAUGUGCUUUUGUUGAGUUUGGUUUGUUUGUUGGGUUUUUUCAAAUGCACUCUAAGCCUUUAAUCUGCCAUUUAGGUACAGAUUGCUUAGUUAGGUAGAAAUGACCUGAGGUAAGAAAAAGCAAGUAUGCCAUGUGAAAUGUAGCCAAGAUCAGUUUUAGCAGCAGAUGAUGUUCUGCAUUUCACAUGUGGAUUCCUUUUAAAUUGACAAUACAUAAAUGAGGGGUAUAUCCUGGUAGUGUCCCCACCUGGCACCCCCAGCUAAAUCUCCUAAAUCAUUUGAAAGGUUGUCCCUUAAACUGUAAUGAUGGUGAUUUCUUCCUCCUUUUUUUCAUUGUUAUUUGCUGCCCUCCUGUGCCUUUGGCAAAUUAUGUUUUGUUUUACUAGACUGGUGUGUAUGAAACAAUUUGCAUCCUAUGUUUUGUAUUGUUUCUUAAAUGCUAUCACUUUACCACUGUUUGUGUAAAUAACAAGUAUUCUGUUCAUCUGGAAGUUUCAAUUACUGUUAUUUCAAGGGAAUCCUCAAAUCACAGAAAACUUAGCAGGUAUUCCAGUAUUGUAAACAGUGCCUUCUUGAUGGGUUUCUUGCUGUUCUGAGACAUGUAAAGAAGGUAUGUCAAGUUUGUGCCAUAUACAGUAUCCGGCGUUCUGUGAGGGCUUUUGUGUCGGAAAACUGACUUUCCCGCUUACUCAGCGGCUGAAGGAGAACGGCAACUAUUCAAACACACUGAAUUGUUCUUUGGCGAGCCAGGAGUGGAGGCUGAGGGGCGUCUGAUACAGUGAAGUUGCCGGAAUUACAGAAACAGCCAUAACCAACCACCCCCCUCAAGGACAAAUUAUUUCGGCUUUUUACUGUUAACAUGCCCGCUGCGGUUGUUGUCCUUUCCCUUCGCCACGCGGGAACGUCAGUCUCCGCGACACGGAGCCCACCCUUUCCAUGUGAUUCUGCCGCCGUUACCGCGCUGUACGUCGCCGGAUCUCGCGGUUUGUUGAAGGCGUUUGAACUGUUAAGGCGGGCCGCCGCCACACUCAAUAAAGUCAUGUCGCACCUCC